UAAAAGGGGGGGCCGUUUCCGCGUUCCUCUGUUUUGAUGGGGCGGGUUUUGGGGCGGCAAAUGGCGACGAAGCCGAGUCGCGGCGCGGGCGUGUGGGCCGUGCUUUGUCAUUCGCUGCUCGCCGCGGCUCUGGUCCGCUCCAAGAAUCACGGAAACCCGGCGAACGAUCUUGUGGACAUGAUGAACAAGAACAGGACGGCCCUCAAGCUUCCAGCGCUGAACGACAGCCCGGGUAUAGGGUGCAUGGCCUUGCAAUACAUCGAGCUAUGCAAGGGAAACUGCACUAACAACAUUCCACACUGCAAAGUACCGGAAGACGACUUCACCGAGAUUUUCGCUCCGAUUGCGGCGUCGAGCUACCGACUUUGGGUACCUUAACUGGCCAAA